CGACCAGCUACCAUCAUCAUCUAGCCUUGGCUUAUUGAUGCUGUUAUGCUUGAUUAUUCCUGACUAGUCCCUCAGAGAUUUAUUCUCGGACCUACCCCACUGAAAGUGCGCAUAGUACAUACCCUGCUCGUCUGUUGGGUCCGGUGCAUUCCAGUAGCCAGUGGACCUCGGAUGUCCCCGCCGGAGAUAUCGCCGUUGUCCUUGAAAUGAUCAUCAAGUCUAAGUCGCUGAUAGGUUCCGGCUGAAACUGCAUGUUCUACUGAGAGUGUCCGGGUGUUACCCAGGGUCUCAGACACAAUGUCUAAAAUUAACGCAGCCUCUCCGAAGUUCCUGAUUGCCAAGGCCUUGAAAGCGGAACAGGAGGUGUCAAAGGCUACCACUCAAGCGCAAGCUCUCGAUGCUGCAAUUGACGCGGUCGAAUACUAUAUGAAAGCACUGAGCUUGGUGACCGAUUCCAAGGAAAGACAGCCACUAGAUGCCAAAUGCAAAGAAUGGUUUGCGCGAGCGGAAAAUAUCAAAAACAACAACGACUGGCAGGCCGUGGUUCGUAUUCAUGAGAAGAGCGGUCUUGUGGGACGGAUCCCCAAAUCUACACGUAAAUUCACCACCCGUGAGGAAAUAAUCCUUCUUGAGAGCGCAAAGCUGAAUGGAUUUAUUUUCCCUCCAUGGACGAGUGUCCCGGCUCCGGAAGAUUUCGAGCUGGACGAAGGCCUGUUUACUGACAAACCGGAUCUUCGCCUGUCCAAAGUACAAUGGAGCGUUUUUGCGGGCUGGGAGCGUCCUCUUGAAUUGCUGUCCAGGCAUGCAAGAGAUGCCGACGAUCUGGAGUCCACUUUGCCUGUGAUGUCGGUCUCUGGGCCAACAGAUCUUGUACAGGAUAUGUUGACGGACUGCUCUGUUGUGGCCAGUCUCUGCGCUGCUCUAUCAAGGUCGGAGCGUGGCCUAGAUAAGCACCAUCUUCCCAUAAUCUUCCCCUGUGAAUACGGCCAGGUAAACCCAAGAAUCUCACCUUGUGGGAAAUACAUAUUUCGAUUCUACUUCAACGGAUGCUUCAGAAAAGUCAUCAUUGAUGAUCGCUUACCGUCUUCCAAAACGUCAAGAUCACUCCAUGUUGUUGAUCAAAAGCACCCAAACUUCUUGUGGCCAGCCUUGGUAGAGAAGGCAUAUUUGAAACUCCGCGGAGGCUAUGACUUCCCUGGAAGCAAUUCUGGGACGGAUCUGUGGGUGUUGACAGGUUGGAUCCCCGAGCAGGUCUUCCUUCAUCACGACGAUGUGACUGCAGAGCAACUCUGGAGACGACUGUACAAGCGCUUUUGUAGCGGUGACGUCCUGCUAACGAUAGGCACCGGAAAGCUGACUGAGAGAGAAGAAAAAGAGCUAGGAUUUGUGGGUGAACAUGAUUACGCCAUCUUGGAUAUGAGAGAAAUAAAGGACCGUCGUCAGAUGCUUGUGAAGAACCCAUGGGGGGGACAUGAUGCCGCGGUGGGAGACAUUGCACACAGUUUCGACCCGAGAGAUGCCCAUAAUCGAUCUUCGUCUCUACCGAGAACCUAUUGGAUGGACAGUGAAAGUCUUCUUCAGAACUUUGAAAACCUGUAUUUGAAUUGGAACCCAGGGAUUUUCCAAUAUCGGGAAGAUAUUCAUUUCACAUGGGACCUUUCCACAGCCAGAAGUGUAGCUGGCUGCUUUGCGAAGAACCCUCAGUUUGCUGUUACUUCUGAGGCUGGUGGCACAGUAUGGCUGUUGCUCGGCAAACAUUUCAAGACAACUGAACAGGAAAACCUCCUGGAGGACAGUGACGACAGUGGAGAGCCCGGAUUCAUCAGCAUAUACGUAUUCAAAGCGGAUGGGAAACGUGUGGCAUUAAGUGAAGGCGCGCUUCAUCGUGGUCCCUACGUCGACUCCCCAAACACACUUAUGAGGCUGGAAUUGCCGCCAGGCACGACCUACACUGCCGUGAUCUCUGAGCAGUCGCUGCCCGCUGCGAGCCAGAAUUUCACAUUGUCGGCCCUGUCCAACAGUCCAAUUCUUCUAGCGCACGCUCAGAACCAAUACAGCUGCCUAACAAAAACCCAAGGAUCGUGGACAUCUUCCACCGCAGGAGGCAACGCCGAGUCCCCUCGAUACUCCUUCAAUCCCCAGUUUUCACUCGAGAUUCAUGACACGACGGAUCUUUCUAUCUUACUCGAACCGUCAGAGCCGGAGCUCGCCACGCAUGUCAAAUUGUUCUGGUCCAAGGGACAGCGGGUAACUAGAGUUCGGAGCCGCGAUAUCAUAACUGACAGUGGUGACUACCGCCGUGGCGGGGCUUUUGCAGAGAAAAGAAGACUUGAUGAAGGGGUGUACACUAUCGUCUGUUCCACCUUUGCUCCCGAUCAACUUGGGCGCUUCACCCUCUGGAUUUCAUCCUCGAUCCCGUGCAAUGUGAAACCGCUUGCGCCGGAAGCAGCUGGGCGACGAGCGACCAUAUCGGACAUUGGUAUUCUGAAUCCUGGAAAGGAUCGAAUGCUGGCCUCGUUGGAGACGAAGCGAUUGACGCGGGUUAAACUGAUCGGGAGAAGUAGACAGUCUACGAUAGGGAAUCGCGCCGUUGGACCAUCCCCUAUGUUGAUGACGGUAGAGCUUGGCCAGGGACCAUACAAGGAAGUAUUGGCUACCUCCGAAGAUGGUAACCACAGUGAUGCCGUAUCUGGAGUACGUAUUGAGGAUUUCGAUCUGCAUCCGGGACUUGAAGACCAGGGUGGCGCCUGGAUUGUCAUCGAGCGAAUCGGAGGGCCUGGAGGGCAAGUUGAGGAUCAAUUCGAGGUCGAAGCUUUAGCGGAGGAAAAGGUAGACAUUGGGGAAUGGAUCGUCGAAGACGCAUGACCGGGGCUGCGAGUAAAGCGAGAAUCGAUGUCGUUACGAAGACC